AAGGUGAAGAAGUUUUAAUCAGUUAUGGCAAAGGAAACACUGAAAACCCAGAAGGAUAAUCCUUCAAACAAUAACACUACUGCAACAAAAGUGAAGAGAAGGAGAAAGAGUGGUCCAAGAGAAUCUCCUCCUCAAAGAAGCUCAAGCUUUAGAGGAGUCACAAGGCAUAGAUGGACUGGUAGAUAUGAAGCUCAUUUGUGGGAUAAGAAUAGCUGGAAUGACUCUCAAACUAAGAAAGGAAGACAAGUCUAUCUUGGGGCUUAUGAUGAUGAAGAUGCAGCAGCACGUGCCUAUGAUUUGGCAGCAUUGAAGUACUGGGGACAAGAUACCAUACUUAACUUUCCGUUAUCAAGGUAUCAAGAAGAGAUUAAAGAGAUGGAGGGUCAGUCUAGGGAAGAGUACAUUGGAUCAUUAAGAAGGAAAAGUAGUGGAUUUUCUCGAGGUGUCUCAAAAUAUAGAGGUGUUGCAAGACAUCACCACAAUGGAAGAUGGGAAGCUAGGAUUGGUAGAGUUCUUGGCAACAAAUACUUAUACCUUGGAACAUAUGCCACCCAAGAAGAAGCGGCAACUGCAUACGACAUGGCAGCCAUCGAGUACCGUGGGCUUAAUGCCGUUACCAACUUUGACCUCAGCCGUUACGUCAAAUAUUCCAAACCUGACUCUACCAACAAUCCUAUUACUCCUUCCCUUGUGGAACCCACAAACCCUAAUUCUAAUAUUAGUCCUAAUCAAAUUCAUUAUCCUAUCAAUAAUGAUAUUCUUAAUCAAGACUUAAGCUUCCUCUACCAGGACAGUCCCGCCGUCGUCUACGGCGGUGAGAGUUUCGUAACUCCGCCACCCACGACGGAUAGUGGGAGCAGCGUUGUAGACAUCGAUUCGUCGGAUUUGAUGGAUCUAUUGUUGGAGGCGACAUCGGUGGCCGAAAGCCCUACGACGACGCAAGAAUCUGACCCACCACGGUGCAACUUCCCUGAUGACGUACAAACUUAUUUUGAUUAUCAAGAUUCCGGCAAUUACGGUUUUGCCGUCGACGACGAUAUGUUCUUCAACAUUGACCUAAGCUCGUUUAUGACACAGUUCUUAGAUAAUGAUAUGGAGGGCCAAGAUAAUUUGUUUAGAUGAAAUAAACAAAAUAAACAUAGAAGAUACAUAUGUUACAAUUACAAAACAAAUAUAUUCUUUGUAAGAAGGAAGGGUUGUGAGAUAAUAAUAAAUUUGGGUGGUCUUGAAAGAUAGUUUUGUAGAGGGGUGAUUUCACUAAUAUUGGUUCAUUAUGUAUAGAUAGGGAGGCUUCAGGGUUUAGUUUAUGAGGAGUGAGGAGAAAAGAAAAAUUUUCCUCCAUUAAUAUGAUAUAUCUACCUUUGU